CUUGUCAAAUGAGAUCGUGACCCCUGUUCGUGCCUCGCGUCUCCAGAGCCUCCACAUGCUGCAGAGCCCUCUGGUCUUCCUUCUUCCGGCAGCUGUCACCUCCUCUGGGAAGCCUUCCCUGACCUUCCUCUGGAUGUCCAGCAAGGUGGCCAUUGGCAGCGACAUUGGGCAGGCCCGCCAGGCUGUGGAACAGCUGCGGAUGGAGGCCGGCAUCGACCGCGUCAAGGUCUCCAAGGCAGCCACCGACCUGCUGCAGUUCUGCAUGGAGCAAGCCAAGAGUGACCCCUUCCUCGUGGGCAUCCCGGCUGCCACCAACCCCUUCAAGGAGAAGAAGCCCUGCGCCAUCCUAUGACCCAGUGGCCCAACAACCCAGGGGGCGUCAAUAAACAUGAAGUGAAUGA